AUGGCUUAUAAGAAAGUAACUACUACCACCUCCUUACCUCCAUUACCAAAGUUAAGAGUAAGAAGACCUGUGUUAAACAAAUCUACAAACCAAUGUUUGGUCAUCAUGACUUCAUUAUUGAACUGUUGGGCUGCUAAUGGUGAUGGUGCUGCUAGUUGUUUAAAUUUCGAAAAAGAUUUGAAAAAUUGUAUGGAAACCCAUAAACCAGAAAAGGAACAACUUUCCACCAUAAAUUACCAUGCUUCAAGAUUAUAUCCUAAAUUCAAAGGUACUGUUACUGAUUAG